AUGGGCGCGCGAGUUCCCGACGAGCAGACGCCGUCCGCAACAUCGAGCUCGGGCUGCCGUCCGGGAAACGACAUCGACGUCAGCGGGUUCGAGGUCGCCGACAUCGGGUCGACCCAUCUCCUGGCCGACAACAAGUUCGCCGCCGCGAGGCCGCACCUCCUCCUCGUGACCCAGGACGGCUACCGGAGGCAGCACGAGCGCCUGGGCAGCCACGACUUUGCCGUCCUCUGCCAAGUACUGUCGGCGCUCCGGCGGCGGGAGCGCCACUUAGCCAAUCUUCAACUGCGGCAUCGACAGCGGAUGCAGCUGGCUGCACAAGCACUUGCAGGUCUUCCCCGCCCGGCGCGCCGGCGACUUUGCGCUGUGGCCGGACCGGCACACGACCCCGCGACGUGGCCGGCGCUGCCGUUCAAGCGCUUUAUCCACCGGUUCGGCGGCGAGUUCCCUUCGGCUGACGCACUUACGGGCAUCUAUUACGAGACGCUGCUGAGCCAAGGGGAGAGGGCGGUAGGGUACCAGCCGGACGAGGGGGGCAACAAGGCGGUACCACACGAUGUAGUCUUGGAUAGGAAGUGGAUCUUGGUGGUUCCGAGGCGCAAUGCCGGACUGAUCGGGGUGGUUGUAAACGCGGCUGCCAUGCUGGGAAUGGUGUAG